CCUCCCACCCGAGCACGCGCAGUGAUACCGACGAUUUAACACCACUCGCGCAGCGUGCCACCGGCACUUUAAUUUGCCAUCAGAGGUCGCGACAGCCAGUGGUUUUGUCUAAUGCAAUUAGAUUGUCCACUGGUGCCAGUGGCAUGCUAAGAGUAAUUUGUGUUGAGCGGUAUAAACCUCUGAGUACAGGUUUAUAGUCUGACGGUUGGCGCAAUACACGAGUUAGCAGGCUUCUGGGAAAAGCAGAAAAGGAAGGAAAACAGGAUGGAUGCAGAAAUUCGAGAGCUGUUUAGAAUUUUCGAUAAAAACCACGACAAUACGAUAUCAAGCAAUGAAAUUGGAAAGGCUCUUAACUGCAUGGGACUUCCGGUUUCCGAACACGAUAUACAGGAAAUCGCCAUGACCCUUGACACUGAUGGCAGCGGGAAAAUCGAGUACAAGGAAUUCUAUAACUUUAUGCAAGAAGAGCUGAAGAAAGCCGAGGACCCGGCCAACCAGGAAAUGGCCGUGAGGACGGCGUUUCGUGUGUUUGACAAACACGGUAGCGGAUUCAUAGACUCGCGGCAGUUACAGAGCGCCAUGAAGGAUUUGGGCGAACCCCUGUCGGACCACGAACUGGAGGACAUGAUGAAAGGGGUCGAAGUCGAUGCGGAUGGCAAUAUUAAUUAUGAAGAAUUUAUACGAAUGUGGAUAUCAGGACCAAAGCACGACAAGUCUUCCGCUUAGCAGUGCAGCAAGUGCGCAUGUGCAAAUACAACUUCCGCCGUGCCUUCAGUAUAUUCUUCCUGCAAUUUCGAAACUGUGCAAACGUCAAUAUCUACCGGAAGUGAAAAUAUAUGUGCAAUAUGUCUGCUGAUGUUGUAUAUACGUCUGUGGUGCAAGUACACAUUUUAACAUCAUUUAUAAUCUUGCUCAACAUUUUUUUUCUUUUUUUCGUAACUUUUAUUUUAAGGGGAUUGGCUCAAGUCAUUGCCAAAUGUACGUGUGCGUACGUUUUAAUUUAUCGAUUAUCUGGUUGCUAAAUGUGCAUGCAUUUUACUGCAUAAAUUAUGUGGUUGGUAGAAGUGCAUGCACAUUACUACAUAAAUUAUUCACUUGCUAUAUGUGUAUUGCUGUAAUGAUUAUAAGACAAACUAAAACUCUAUGGGCCGAAUUUACAGAGCCAGUUAUGAUAUACAGACGUCUAACUACGUGUAUUUACAAUGCUAAAACACCUGUGUUUAAGCAAAACAUGCUUCGAGGCUCGCAAAAACCAUAUAGGACUCUCUAUCUUGGUUAGCAUACAAGCCCGCGUGGCUCUUAAACUCAUUUGUACAAAUUACGUUGAUUCUUCGAAAUGACAAAGUCAACAUUCAUGGUCUUAUGCAAAACAUUUAGUGUAUUGUCUGUUCUACUGAAGGCACGUGGUAGAGCUCGCUGAGUUGGUGGCUGGAUAUCCAGAGUUGCAAACAGGAAGUACUUAUGACACUUAAAUUUUUAAAACCAAAAUCGCACACAGCUUCGUAAAUUUGUCCCUAUGUAUUUUAGUACAUAAAUUAAGUAUUAUGUUUUUUUUGCUAAACUGGAUAAACUGUUUAGCAAGCAAAUAUGUUUAUUCUACAUGUAUGUUUAGCAAGUAAACAAUUGAUAAAUUGGCUCAUAUCGUAUAGACUGGAUGCGGCACGUGCGAGCGGUCCAGCUAAAAGAAAAUCGAAAUACAUUAGACAUCAAUGAUAGCGUCUAGACUAGAUGCCGGCGAUGCGUGUGUCUGCAAAACGCGUUUGGCCAGCCGCAGUGAACUAAUCGUAUAUGCUGUAUAUACCCAAAACGCAAGUCGCAGACAUAUCAGACGCAACAGUCGGGCCGGGCCGCACGCACGAGCCGCACCCAAUCUAUAUGAUAUUAUGAGCCUCAAACAUAUAUUACAAUCUAUCAAUUAUUUCCUUGCUAAACAUACAUGUAGUAUAAACGUAUUUGCUUGCUAAUCAUACCUGUACUUUUUAAUUAUAGACAGUCACGGCGGAGCAGGUGGUGGUGGGGAGGGGGGGGGGGGGGGAGGGGGAGGGCUGAAUCAGAAAUAUUAUUGAUAGUAUAUUAUUGGUAGUAAAUCUUAAGGCAGAGAUGA